AUGACCGACAAAAAUCAAAGUGAUUCGGAUGAGGACAUCGAAAGUCUUACAAACCACGAAACUUCGUUGGAAGCUGCAUCAAAAGCCCGCAAACGGCGGUUACUUGCAAUGAAAUCGAAGAUUCAUGGUGUUGAGAUGCAAGAGGAAGAUUACGACCAAGGCGAGACAUCGACAAAAAAGAACCGAGAAAAUGGUCGAGAAUUCCGAAAUCACAAGCCAGAUGAGGCGGUCGGCACUCAAAAUACUGCAUUAGAUUUGGAUAUUGUCCAGAGGGAAAUAACAGAUCAUUUAAAGGAUGUUCUUCAUGAGAAAGCCAUCGACAGUGUAGAUUUGGCAAUGUUGGCACCGAAAAAGAUAGAUUGGGAUUUGAAGAGAGAUAUUGAGUCGAAGUUGCAGAAGUUGGAGAGGAAGACGACGCAAAAAGCUGUUGCUACAAUCAUUCGACAGCGUCUGGCUGAAGGAAAGGGAGAUCUCGCUGCUACUGUCAAUGCUGCAGCCGCACAAAAUCUGUAA